AUGGAAAAUGGUUCCAGUGUCGGCACAAGCCUUGUCCUUCUUGGUAUCUAUGAGAUGGAAGAAUUUAAAUACCUCUACUCUGGGUCCUUUCUUGCCCUCUAUUUAUCAAUAACAAUGCUGAGUUUGAUGAUCGUGUUUGUGAUUUUGACCGAAGAAAGCCUUCAUGGACCCAUGUACAUCCUCAUCUGUAAUCUCACCCUCAACGGGAUUUUCGGAACCUCUGCUUUUUUCCCCAGACUGAUUUAUGAUCUUUUCAGUUCAUCUAAAACGAUCUCCUAUUAUGGUUGCAUUACCCAAAUGUACUGCAUUGUGACUUUCACCUAUUUUGAAAUUUGCACUUUUACAAUCAUGGCAUAUGACAGAUACUUGGCUGUGUGUCACCCAUUACAAUACGUCAUCUUGAUGACCAACGAGAAGACCCUGAAGGCCAUCUUAGGGACCUUGGCCACCACUUUAAUAGCCGUGUUCAUAGCUGUGCUUCUAACGAGUAGGCUACCUCUUUGUGGGACACAGAUCAAAAAUAUAUUUUGUGAUAAUAUGUCUAUCGUAAUUCUUUCUUGUGUAGAUUCCACAGCAAAUAAUCUCUAUGGAACCAUUUCCGCUACGAGCUUCUUACUUGUUACCUCAUUAGUAAUCGCUUAUACAUAUUUUAAGAUCUUUUUGGUCUGCAUUAAUCUCUCCAAAGAUGGCCAUAACAAAGCUUUUCAUGUUUUGGUAACACAUUUACUUAACUUUAGCAUUUUUUUAAUAGGAUUACUAUUUUCGUUUGUUCGGUAUAGACUAAAUAGCGCCAACUUGCCACUUUCUCUGCACGUUCUGCUUUCCAUAACCAGAUUUGUGUACCCACCUCUUUUGAACCCUCUAAUCUAUGGGUUACGAACAAAACCACUGAAAAUUAAAAUUGUUUAUCAUUUUUCAAAGAUAAGUAUGAUAAAAAACAUUUAA